AUGGCUUACAAAUGUUAUUGCAGCUCAUCAUUACAACACAGCCAGAAAAACAACUUUUGGAUCUACCAGCCUUCACUAUCCCUCACAUGUUUCACGCUUUCAGAGGCCGCAGAACAAUCUGGCACCCUCCUCCGCAAUACCCGCGGACAAGCCCUACUAAGUUCUCAACUGUUUCUGCCAAUUGCGCUCCCAACUUCAAUUUCUUGCAGCAUCCAACACUCUUUUAGCCGCCGCCGCCGGCCGCAAGGGAGGGUUCGUUGUCGUGGCCGCCGCGGCCGGCGGGGGCAGGGGGGGGGGGAAGGGUGGGCGAAGCGGAAGCGUUCGAAGCGUCAACGUUCGCUUGACCGCCCGCCGACGGAAGAGGAGUAUCUUGCCCUCUGUCUGGUCAUGCUCGCGCGCGGAGGCUCCGACCACAGUCUCCCGCCGCUUCCGUCUUCACCCCCACCAGAGGGUCUCUCCUACAAGUGCUCUGUUUGCAGCAAGGCGUUCGCGUCUUACCAGGCUCUCGGCGGACACAAGGCCAGCCACCGCAAGUACCCCGGCGGUGCUUCCGACGACGCCGCCUCCUCUGCCUCCGGUUCAUUCGCCUUCGUUUCCUCCGGCGGAAAGGUUCACCGUUGCUCCAUUUGUCAGAAGGAAUUUUCCACGGGGCAGGCGCUGGGCGGGCACAAGCGAUGUCACUACGAUGGAAGUGGGGCGGCGGCGGCGGCGGCAGCGACGGUGGCGUUAGCUUCAGAGGUUGCGAGCUCGGAACAGAGGGAAUUCGAUCUGAAUAUUCCUGCAGCGGUGGAAUUUGUCUUUGAAGGGAGCAGGCGAUGUGUGGGGAGUGAGGACGGGGAGGUACAGAGUCCUCUGGCGCUGAAAAAGCCGCGCUUUCUGAUCCCGGCUUGAUAGUCUAUUGUUUCUCUUGUUCAAGCUUUGUUACCGAGAUGUUAGAAGAUUUCCUCUAUUUUGGUUGAUUUCGAUUGUGUAUAAAGAGGAGGAUUGGAUUUUUUUGUAGUUUAGAGUUCAGCUGUUGGUGUUUAAUUCUUUUUUUUUUUGUUUUGUUUUUUAAUCUUGUAGCAGCAGGAAAUAAUUUAUUUGUUGUGAAUUAAUGAAUCAGUACAAUUUGGGCAGUA